AUGCUUCGUACAGGUGCCAUUCGCCCAUUGCCACGUGUGUUGGCUACUGGAGCCAAAAGAUCAUUGGCCAGCACUGCCACUGACUUGGUCAAGAUUGACUUGCCAGAGUACUCGUUUGAAGGGUACAACCUCGAUGUUCCUGAAUUGUCAUUUGAGACCGAGAAGGAGACCUUGUUGCAGAUGUACAAGGACAUGAUUAUCAUCAGAAGAAUGGAGAUGGCUGCCGAUGCUUUGUACAAGGCCAAGAAAAUCAGAGGUUUCUGUCACUUGUCUGUUGGUCAGGAGGCCAUUGCUGUUGGUAUUGAGAAUGCCAUCACCAAGACCGACUCCGUGAUCACUUCUUACAGAUGUCACGGUUUUGCUUUCAUGAGAGGUGCUUCAGUUAAGUCUGUGUUGGGUGAAUUGAUGGGUAAGAGAUCUGGUGUGUCUUACGGAAAGGGUGGUUCUAUGCACAUGUUUGCUCCAGGCUUCUACGGAGGUAACGGUAUCGUGGGUGCUCAGGUGCCAUUGGGUGCUGGUUUGGCAUUUUCCCACAAGUACAAGGGUGACGGAGGCGCCACCUUCGCUUUGUACGGUGAUGGUGCUGCCAACCAGGGUCAGGUGUUUGAGGCCUACAACAUGGCUAAGUUGUGGGACUUGCCAUGUGUCUUCGCAUGUGAGAACAACAAGUACGGUAUGGGUACUGCUGCCUCUAGAUCCUCUGCUAUGACCGAGUACUACAAGAGAGGUCAGUACAUUCCAGGUUUGAAGGUCAACGGUAUGGACAUCUUGGCUUGUUACCAGGCCUCCAAGUUUGCUAAGGACUGGUGUUCCAGCGGCAAUGGACCUUUGGUGUUGGAGUACGAGACUUACAGAUACGGUGGUCACUCCAUGUCCGACCCAGGAACCACUUACAGAACCAGAGAGGAGGUGCAGCACAUGAGAUCUAGAAACGAUCCAAUUGCAGGUUUGAAGGCCGUCCUUUUGGACUUGAAUGUGGCCAGCGAGGAGGAGAUCAAGUCUUACGACAAGGCUGCUAGAAAGUACGUCGAUGAGCAGGUCGCUGAGGCUGAGGCUGACUCUCCACCUGAGGCCAAGAUGUCCAUUUUGUUCGAGGAUGUCUAUGUCAAGGGUACCGAGGUGCCAGAGUUGAGAGGCAGAAUCUCUGACGACACUUGGAACUUCGAGAAGAACGACUUCUCCAACCACACAGCCAUGCCAGAACACAUUCCGGAUAAGGCGGGGAACAAUUCGCCCAAAAAUGGUAUCAGUACUUCGAACGGCAAAACUGGGACAGACUCACUGGAUGCUCGGCCAAACUACAACCCUACUUCUUUGGUUGGUCAAGUAUCUGUCAAAGAUAUGGGAAGCAGAGUCACACAUGAAAGCGGAGGAAUACUAGUCUCUCAGAGUCGAGACAGUUCCGAAAAAGAGGAAUUCAGUACUAAAGAGAAUUUCAACGCAUUGUCGAAUUUGGAAUUCGAGAGCAUAAACUAUAGACCUACCAACAAACAGAAUGCUGCCAAUUUCGAAAACUUGACGGUAGAAAUAAGAAAACAUAUACCCGAUGAGCUGCACAGCGUCAUUCUUUCAGCUGCCGAUGCCAUUCUUGAGUGUCUCAAGAACGAGGAACUUUCUGUCGAAGAUAAAAGGACGGAAAUCGAAAGUCUUUUAUCAACAAAGCUAGAUGACAUGCAGAUGCGUGAGUUGGUGGUGCUAACAAAGGAGAUCACCGAUUAUGAUAUUCAACUAAACCAAGAUAUGGAAGCUGGCGAGUCGGAGACUAUCGCUGUAGUGUUUGAAGAAGAUGAGGUGAAUGAACCCACACAUACUAUCGAGGAUCCAGAAGUUACCACUCAACCUGAAGAACCGACAGCGCAAGAGGAAAUUCAGGAAGCAGCCAAAACUAUAACUCCAGGUGUGAAUCUUGAAGCAAACACGAUUCUGAUUCACGAGGUAAAGAGGGAUUUUUACUUUGCAAGAUUGUCAGCACUAGAACCAGAUACCGACAAUAAGGAGAUUGUGGAGGUUUGCAAGAAGAUUUCCAAGAGUAUGGCUAACAAAGACUUGGGCGAUCAGGAAUUGGAGAUGGCUUUAUUGGAAACGCUUGAUUACAAGCAUCUCGAGUUUGUUAAGAUGUGUGUUGAAAACAGAUGGCAAAUUGUAUACGGACUUCAAUUGCAUCAGAAUAGAGAAAAAGCACUAGCGGAAAUAAGAAGUGAGAAUUUGGAUUAUCUUCUCGAUGAAUCCAACAAGAGAUCUAGAAGUGGCCUGCUUUCAGAUAAUCAAACCACGAAACGAACCAAGCUUGACCUGGAAAUGAAAGAGAUCCCUCAAAGAAAACCUAAGAUAAUUGAUCUUGAAGGUCUUGUAUUUGACCAGGGUCACCAUCUUAUGGCAAAUUCAAAAAUAACUCUUAGCAAAGGUUCUUACCAACAAAACAAAAAGUUGUACGACAUUAUUAGUGUUCCUGCUCCGCCAGCACCUCCGUCCUUGGAGAUUUCCAACGAGAAGCUCGUUGAAAUUUCUGAAUUGCCUGAAUGGGCACAGCCGGCUUUCCCUGUCGGGGAAACUUCAAACUUGAACCGAAUUCAAUCGAAGGUUUUUCCAAGUGCAUUUCUCAGUGAUAGCAAUAUUCUCUUGUGUGCACCAACAGGUGCUGGUAAGACUAACGUUGCAAUGCUUACUAUAUUAAGAAUGCUUGGAAAUUAUCGAGAUGACAAAACUGGAAAGUUCGACUUGAAGUCGUUCAAGGCGGUGUAUGUGGCACCAUUGAAAGCUUUAGUAUCUGAGCAGAUGAGAGAGUUUCAGAGAAGAUUGACCGCCCAAUUUGGUGUUGUUGUCAAUGAGCUUACUGGUGACCUGUCAUUGAGCCAAAAAGAAAUCAUGGAAACCCAGGUGUUAGUCACGACCCCCGAGAAAUGGGAUGUUGUCACAAGAAAAGCCACAGAGGAAUCAUUCACUAGUCUCGUCAAAGUGUUGAUUAUAGAUGAAAUUCACCUUUUGCAUGAUGAGAGAGGCCCAGUCCUCGAGAGUAUCAUCGUGCGAGCAAAACGGCAACCGGAGACAAGAUUAAUCGGAUUGUCGGCCACCUUACCAAAUUACCAAGACGUCGCUCGGUUCUUGGGUGUCGAUAUCGAGAAAGGACUUUUUUAUUUUGAUGCGCUGUACAGACCAUGUCCCCUUGAGCAGCAGUACAUUGGAAUCAAAGAGAAGAAAGCUAUCAAGAAGGUUGCAGCCAUGAAUGAAGCCUGCUACGAAAAGCUCGAGGAAUGCAUUAAAAACAGACACCAACUUAUCAUCUUCGUUCAUUCUAGAAAAGAUACAGUUAAGACCGCCAAGUGGCUUCGGGAUAAAGCUGCUGAAAAUGAGCUUGGAGUCCAUCGUUCUGGUGCUGGAACAUCGGAGAUUUUGAGGCAGGAGGCGGAGAAUUCCAGUAAUAAAAAUCUUUCUGAGAUUUUACCAUCAGGCUUUGGAAUUCACCAUGCUGGUCUAAACAAAAGUGAUCGUAGCGUGGUGGAAGAUUUAUUUGCCCAGGGCCACAUCCAGGUGUUAGUAUCAACGGCAACUUUGGCUUGGGGUGUCAAUUUACCGGCGCAUACUGUGAUUAUCAAGGGGACUGACACUUAUAAUCCCGAAAAGGGUGCGUGGGUCCAGCUUUCACCUCAGGAUAUUUUGCAAAUGUUAGGUCGUGCUGGUCGACCAAGAUAUGAUAGCUCUGGUGAAGGUGUCAUCAUCACCGCCCAGGAGGAAUUACAAUACUACUUGGCAAUAUUGAACCAGCAACUUCCUAUCGAGAGUCAGCUCAUGAGCAGAUUAGCCGAUAAUCUCAACGCUGAAGUCGUUUUAGGUUCGGUUACUUCUCGUGAGGAUGCCAUUGAGUGGCUUGGCCAGACAUACUUAUAUAUUCGGAUGUUGUCUGCACCAAAACUCUAUCAGGUGGGUACUGAAUACGCUGACGAUGGUGCCUUGUACUGGAAACGGGCUGAUCUAGUGCAUUCUGCCCUAGAGCUACUUCAGCAACAUAAGCUUGUGAUGUACGAUGCGGAAACUGGUGAUGUGCAACCAACCGAAUUGGGAAAGAUAGCGGCACAUUUCUAUAUCAGCUAUCCUACCAUGGGAGCCUACAAUACUGAGCUCAAACUGUGGAUGUCUGAAAUGGAUGUCCUUCGGAUAUUUGCAGGCUCGGGAGAAUUCAAGUACGUUCCAGUCAGACAAGAAGAAAAAAUGGAGGUUUCAAAGCUCGCAGAUAAAUGCCCUAUUCCAAUCAAAGAAAAUGCAUCCGAUCCUCUUGCCAAAAUCAACGUUCUCCUUCAAUCCUAUAUUUCAAGGUUGCGAUUAGAAGGUUUUGCUUUGAUGGCCGAUAUGGUUUAUGUAACUCAAUCCGCUGGUCGUCUUUUACGUGCAAUUCACCAAAUUUGUCUUAAGAAGAAGUGGGCGAGACUCACUUUGAUCACUCUUGAGUUGUGCAAGUUUGUUGAGAGAAGGAUGUGGAAUACAAACUCACCAUUCCGUCAAUUCGGAGAGUUGGCAUCUGCCGAAAUUAUCAGAGCUACUGAGGCUUCUCAUUUACCAUUCAUCAGUUAUUUCGACUUAUCUGGAGCGGAACUUGCAGAAGCAAUUAAUUUCAAGGGACACAGUCAAUUCGCUUUUCAAUUGUUAUCACAAUUUCCAAAAUUGAUACUUGAAUGUCAAGGUCAACCUGUUUCGCCAGAUUUAAUGAGAGUCCUGGUGGAAGUACAACCAUCAUGGGAUUGGAAUAAGAAAGUACACGGAGGCAGCGAGUCAUUUUUGUUAACCUUGGAGGAUAAUGAUGGAGAGAUUAUCCAUUAUGCAGAUAAUAUGAAGAUUACCUCUCAACAAGCCCAUAAGACCGUUGAGAUCGACUUCUUUGUUCCGAUUGCUGAUCCUUUGGCACCCGCCUACUAUGUGACAUUCACCAGUGAGAAAUGGUUGAAUUCACAAUGGAGAAUUCCAGUGAAGAUGUUCAACAUGAAGAUCCCUAAGAAACCAAGUUCACCAACGGAACUCCUUGAUGUACAAACAGUUCCAAUCGAAGCAUUGAAAAAUGAGGUUAUGUCCGCAACUUUUGAUUUCUCGUACUUUAAUGGAUUGCAAUCGCAGUGCUUCCGCAGUUUAUGGGAAACGAGUCAGAAUAUCUUUAUCGGAGCCCCAAAAGGAAGCGGCAAGACUGCUUGUGCUGAACUUGCUAUUUUGAAUGCUUGGAGAUUAAACAAGCAGCGUAUUUUGUACCUCCAACCUUCUCAAGAACUAGUGGAUCGCCAAUUGAAGAUCUGGAAGAGAAAAUUUUCCAGUUUGACCGAGCCUGCUAAGGUGAUUUCUAAACUAACGGGAGACGCAACUGCGGAUGCCAGAAUCCUUUCGAGGAGUCACUUGGUCCUUGCGACUCCCUCACAGUUUGACGUCGUCUCUCGUCGUUGGAGACAGAGAAAAGCAAUCCAAACCCUUGACUUAAUAGUUGCUGACGACUUACAACUUCUUGGGUCUGGAUUUUCUGGUGUAGCAUAUGAGGUCGUUCUCUCGAGAUUGAGAUUCAUUGCUGCGCAUCUUGAACGUGAGAUUCGUUUUGUAGCACUUUCAAUGCCACUCUUGUAUGGCCGAGAAAUUGGAGAAUGGCUUGGCUGCUCAAAGUCUUCAAUCUUCAAUUUUAAUCCAUCAAAGCGGAUUAGAUCAAUUCAGGAGAUCAGAUUACAACCAUAUUCUGACCUGAAGAAUCUUAAUACAUUGGCACAUUCAUGUGCCGAUUUCUUGAAGACUACAAGCUCGUGUUUAGUGUUCGUACCUACGCGAAACAACGGAUUAGAGCUUGCCUCGAGACUUUUAGAACUUUCCAGCGUCAAUUUUGUUAAGUAUGAGGAGAGAUUGGACUUAUUGAUUGAGAAAGUUGAAGAUGCAACCUUAAAGCAUACACUUCGGAAGGGUGUUGGCAUUUAUCAAGAGAAUAUGUCGAUCCGAGAUAAAUUACUCACAGAGCGUGCAUUCGAGCAAGGAUUAAUUCGUUUGCUAAUCGCAACUAGAGCCACUGCAGUCUAUGCUCCACAUAGUACCAACGUGGUCAUUUAUGGUACUCAAGGCAAUGAGAUUCUCCAAUCUUCUGACUAUUCAAUCACUGAGUUACUUGAAAUGGUUGGUUGUUGCGAAAAUGGAAACGUUUUGGCUUACGUAUAUGAGCCCAAGAUUCCCCUUUACUCGAAAUUUUUAAAUUCUCCAUUACCCUUGGAGAGUAACUUGAGUUUCAGCUUACAUGAUCCAUUCAUGCAUGAGAUAGCCGCCAGAACUUUCCGUUCACAACAAGAUUGUGUUGACUGGAUCACAUUUACUCUCUUUUAUCGCAGAUUGGCCCAAAAUCCGAGCUUCUACAGUCUCGUGGAUGUGACUCAUCUUGGAAUAUCGGAAUACCUUUCGGACCUAGUGGAGAAUACUUUGAACGACUUGAGUGAAGCAGGGCUCAUUGAAAUUGAGGACGAAAAGGACUCUGAGGAAUCAGAGGAAUUAGAGGAAGCUAUCACCCCACUAAAUGGAGCAAUGAUUUCCAGUCAUUACGAUGUCACCUACACCAGUAUGAAGAACUUUGGCGAGUUGAGUGGCAAAGCGAGAUUAAGAAACAUUAUCGAAGCUGUAACUUCAGCCGGAGAGUUCGAUGAUUUACCUGCUCGUGUUAAUGAGUACAACACUCUUGCUAGCAUUGCAAGUAAAGUGCCAUUCAAACUUACGAGCGAUAGCGAUUUUGACUCUCCACACGUUAAAGCAUUUUUGCUCUUGCAAGCACACUUGUCGAGAAUCCCGGUGAAGGGAAGUUUGGAGAAUGACCAACGUAAACUCCUUGGAUCAGUGUUGAAACUUGUCAAUGCUUGUGUUGAUACUCUCUCUAGUGAGGGACACUUGAAUGCUUUGACGGCCAUGGAUUUGUCGCAAAUGAUUGUACAAGGGAUGUGGAACAAGGAAAGUCCUGUGAGACAAAUCCCACAUGUAAACGAACAGAUGCUUCAAAGAGCCAAGAAGUACAAUGUGGAGACCAUUUAUGAUAUCAUGUCUCUUGAAGAUGAUGAAAGGGAUGAUUUCCUUCAAUUGAGUGAGGUGGAGCUUCAUGAUGUGGCUGAUUUUGUAAACAGUUUCCCCAACAUCGAUGUGCGUUACGAACUUGAUGUGGAAAGCGGAGUUGUGGCCAACGAGCCUAAGUCAAUCACGGUAAUUAUUGACAGAGACGAAGAGAUGGAUGAUUUGACUGUUGCAUCACUGCGGUUCCCAUUUUCUAAAACAGAAGGAUGGUGGAUCGUGGUGGGAGACUCUGAGACCCGUCAACUUUAUGCCAUCAAAAAGACGCAGGUCAAGGAUGAGACUCAGAGCAUUACUCUAGAGUUUACAAUUCCAAACCCUGGACAUCAUAAAAUCACACUUUGGUGUAUGUGUGAUUCGUACAUUGACGCUGACAAGGAAAUGGAGUUCGAAGUUGAUGUGGGGCCAUAG